AGGCUUCCUACCCUCCCGGGAGCAGAGUGCGCGUUUUCGGGAGCGCGGCUGGAGAAGACGGGAAAAGGCGUAAGAUUCGUGAGCACUGAUUGGCUGAAGCGAGAAGAGUUCUGGCUGCUGACUGGCUCCGUCUUUCGCGGGAAGGAGUUUGUGGCUCCUGCGAAAAGUAGAUAUAGCGGAGCGGCCGCCUCAGGGCUCGGAGGCGGUUAGGGGAACGCACCAGACCGGAAGCUUCUGCAACUCUUUCCUGAGGGAAUCGUGACGAAGAUGUGGACCAGUAAUGAUGAGUGGGGCGGAUUACGAGACCCGCAAGAAGGAUUUAGCAAGGGGCUGGGUGGAUUUGAAAGCUAUAGCAGUUCCUCUUUUGGGGGAACCGGAAGCUACACACAGUCCCCUGGGGGCUUUGGAUCACCGACACCUUCCCAGGCCGAAAAGAAAUCUAGAGCCCGAGCUCAGCAUAUUGUACCCUGUACCAUAUCUCAGCUGCUUUCUGCUACUCUGGUUGAUGAAGUGUUCAGAAUUGGAAAUGUUGAGAUUUCACAGGUCACUAUUGUGGGGAUAAUCAGAAAUGCAGAGAAGGCUGCAACCAACAUUGUUUACAAAAUAGAUGACAUGACGGCUGCACCCAUGGAUGUUCGCCAGUGGGUUGACACAGAUGAUGCCAGCAGUGAAAACACUGUGGUUCCUCCAGAAACAUAUGUGAAAGUGGCUGGUCAUCUGAGAUCUUUUCAGAACAAGAAAAGCCUGGUAGCCUUUAAGAUCAUGCCCCUGGAGGAUAUGAAUGAGUUUACCACACAUAUUCUGGAAGUAGUCAAUGCACACAUGAUGCUCAGCAAGUCUAACAGCCAGCCCUCAGCAGGGAGAGCACCUGUCAGCAAUCCAGGAAUGGGUGAAGCUGGGAACUUUGGUGGGAAUAGCUUCAUGCCAACAAAUGGCCUCACUGUGGCCCAGAACCAGGUACUGAAUUUGAUUAAGGCUUGCCCAAGGCCUGAAGGAUUGAACUUUCAGGAUCUCAAGAAUCAGCUCCAACACAUGACCGUACCCUCCAUCAAGCAAGCUGUGGAUUUUCUAAGCAACGAGGGACACAUCUAUUCCACUGUGGAUGAUGAUCAUUUUAAAUCCACAGAUGCAGAAUAACUGGAUCUAAUUGGGUACCCGAGAUAUUUUCCAGCUGGACCUUUUAUGCAGUCUCUCGUCUCCAGCUGUGCAUAUAUUUGGCAGGUUGACUUCUAGGUAGUAGGUUUCAUCUAUAAAAGGUUUCAAUUGACAUCCUUUUGAAACUUACUACUCUUCUGUGUUUUUGAAGCUCAGAGGGAUAUGGGCAACUGACAGGGAUGUAAACCAGGGCGGAAUUUCUUAAAGAACUUACAAAUUAGUUACAAUAUCAGGAUAAAUGGAAUUGGAAGAGGGAUGCUACCAAGAAGGGUUGGGCGGUAUUACUUAAAUAAUACUCAGGAGUUUUUAUGCCUAAAUUGUUUCCUGUUGAGAGCAGGACUAGGGCCUGCUAGUGGCUAGCAGAGAGCUAGCCACAAAGCCCACUAACCUCUGCCUGUUUUUGUUCCCCACUUUGUUUAUGUGGUUAUGUGGUUAUGUGUUGUUACUUAAAGAAUUGCACUUUCUUUCACCUUGUCAUAAUUGCUGCCCAAAGUGUGUUUUUAUAAGCAUGGGGUUCUAGAAUGGUGGCUUCAUGGGGCAGAGAGAAAGAUACGUGUUUUGUACAAAAUAAGUACAUUCAUAUGCUUAAUAAAAUAGUUCUAUUAUUGCA